AUGGAUCCCAAGUUCAAUGGUGAGUGGAGUGCCUCUGAUAUCAAGAUGGUGAAAUCACUCAUUGCUAGUCACAAUCCCAACAACAACUAUGCCGAUGGCAUGAACAAGAAACACAAUGAUAUUGUGAAUGACAUCCAAGUAUGGUUCCCUUGGAAGGAGAGGCAUCAGGUAAUUGAAUUGUAUGUUGAGCUCGUGGUGGAGAUGAUAAGUCUAACACAGAGUGGAAACCAGUCUGUUGUGGCAAUCGACAACUUGGUGAGUGACAACUCUGGGAUUCUGGUGGGAAAUCCAAGCAUAGACAACAUGGAUAUGUCAUUUGCCAAUAUGAAAGGUAAGACACCGGAGGCCACAAGGAUGGUGGAUGAAGUGCCUCAGAGGAAAGCAAUCGUUCCUCAGCAAGGGGGGUGGCACAACAGGAGUUUUUGGACCAAAGAGGAGCACAGGCAGUUCCUUUAUGGCCUGCGCAAAUACGGCCGCGGCAAAUGGAAGGACAUCUCAAGGGAAUUUGUCACCACCAGGACGCCGGUGCAGGUCUCCAGCCAUGCGCAGAAGUACUUCCGUAGGCAGAACAACUCCGAGAAGCAACGCUACAGUAUUAAUGAUGUCAGCCUCUAUGAUGCUGAACCUUGGGCGCAGAACAACUCUUCCAACUGGGAGGCGCCCGCCUUUGCUGGUGGUGCAUAUAACCCAAACUACUAUGGGUCCGGUAGCCAGGUUGCCACCAUGAACAACCUUGCACAGGUUUGGCCACCCUUCAUGUACAGUGCUGAUCAGGCAAGCAGUAGCCAGGCAACUACAUGGACUGGCCAGCAAAUGGGGCCUAGUUCUUCUGCAGCUUUAGCACUGGAGGGGGCUGGAAGCCAGAUGGCCUGGACUGGCGAUCAGGAAGGAGAUAUUCUCCCUGAGCAGUGGAUGAACAUAGAUAACGUGUAG